AUGCUAUCACCCGCUGACUCACCUGCCGCCAUUGCCGCCGCCGCCGCCAUCGGCCAGCUCGCCUCCGCCAACAACAAGGCCUUCCAGAUCGGAGUGGGGGAGGCGGGGGGCCUGACGAAGCUGCUGGGCAUGGCGCGAUCCGACAAUCCCAAGGCUGCCGCGGCGGCCGCCAAGGCGCUCGGGGGCGUUGUCAUGCGCAGCCGAGUCAUGCAGGAGUCCCUGCUGGACGCGGGGGGCGUGGAAGCUCUCGUGCAGCUGCUCGCCAGUUUCCCUACAACUACCACAGAAGCAGGCGCGGGCAAGACCGGGCAGCAGGAGCAUGCUGACUGCGAGGACAGCGCAGAGCGCCUGGGUCCAUCAAGGAGCGGCCCGGACACCAAGAUUCAGCUGCUGCGUGUCAGCCUGAACGCUCAAGACAGCUGGGAGAAGCAGGCAGCGGCCGCUGCCGCCCUGACCAGCUUCGUACAGGGAUUCGCUCCCGGGCCCGAGGAGGUCGCCCGAUUCCGCGGCAUUCCUAAAUUGGUGGACCUUCUCUGCAGCUCCAGUGAGACUGUCAAGGAACGCGCUGCAGAGGCGCUGCUGGCCGUUGUGGGCAAGGAUGCGGGCAGCCAGGCUGCCCUGCGCGAGUCCGGCGGCGUGCCAUCCGUCCUCUCACUCAUUCAAAGCUCCACCGGUGCCGGGCACAGCCGCGCGGCCGAACAUGCCGCGGCACUUUUGUACCGCCUCACCUUCUACCAGGCGGCGCAUGCGGAGCUGCAGGCGGCCGGCUGUAUCGAGGCGCUCGUGCCGUUGCUGCACAGCGGCGAAGCGCGACUCAAACGCCACGCCGUCUGGGCCGUCCAGAACCUGACAGAGCAGCCUGAUCAGGCGACGCUGUUAGAGCCUGCCGCCAUCGCUCUGUCCAACCUGGCAGCCGGCACCGAAGCCCACAAAGAGAGAAUCGUCGACGCGGGAGCGCUGCCUGUUUUGGUCAAGCUGCUCAGUCAUCAGGAGGAAGCUGCGGGGGCGCUGGGCAGCUUAGUAAGGGGCCACACGGCCAACCAGGAGGCAGUGCGUGCGGCCGGAGCCAUCGCACGGCUCAUCUCCCUCGUGACCACCUCCGCGCCAGCUGUCAGGGGCCAGGCAGCGUGGGCGCUGCAGGCGCUGACGGAAGGGAACGCAGCGUGCCAGGAGGACUUCCGGCAGUCCGGCGGCGUUGCCUCCCUCACCGGCCUCCUGCGAUUCCCCGAGCAGUGGAACUGGACCCCCGCAGUGGGAGCAGCCGAUACACUGGGGAGCAUGGCGGCCACCAGCAGGGAGGCAGAGAUGGCGAUCCAUGAGGCGGGCGGCACAGACAAGCUCAAGGAGCUGUGCUCGGCUGCCUCAGCGGCUCCCGCCGCUGUCAAGAAGGCUGCAGGACGCUGCCUGGCCAACAUGGGUCUGCAGCGACAGCAGCGCAGCAAGGAUCCUGUGCUGAUACGCGCUGCCACCAAGGUUCUCAACUUCAAGCUGAGGCUGAUGCGCCUGAAGCAAAUCCCCGAAUGA